CUCCUCUUCUCUUCUCUCUGGCACGAGAGAGAGAGAGUUCAUGAUUAGCUUAAAGCUCCCUUCAUCUUCUUCUUCUAUUCCCGGGUUUUUUUUAUCUUCCUCCUCCGAUCACCUGAAAACUCACCUUUAUCGAAUUCUCCGAGCAUCUUGAUCCGCCGCUUUCAUCUGAAAUCACCUGUGUUUUUUUUCUCUCAACUACACUCAAUUUGAAGAAGGUGAAGCUAACAAAGUUACUGCAACUAUUUCCAAGAGUUUUGCUUCCCUCAAGUUUCUCGCCGUCGGAGUUUUUUUUAUCCGUGAGAGCAUUUUAUCUCCGACGGAGAAGCCAAAUUGCAUAUAUAAUCUUAAGCUGAUCGGAGAUUGGGAAGUGUUGGUGCACGCAGAUCUGCUAUAUAUAUUGCUUCAUCGAAGAUUCUGAGGUUGAAUAAGUUUGAGUUUCGCUGCGAAUUGUCUCUUUGAUCUGUAUCGUUAAAAGAAACAGAGGAGGAAGGAAGAUGACGUCGGGGACGAGAAUGCCGACAUGGAGGGAGAGAGAAAACAACAAGAGGAGAGAGAGAAGACGGAGAGCAAUCGCAGCUAAGAUUUUCACCGGAUUGAGAAUGUACGGUAACUACGAGCUUCCUAAGCAUUGCGAUAACAACGAAGUUCUUAAAGCACUCUGCAACGAAGCUGGUUGGAUCGUCGAGCCUGAUGGCACCACUUACCGCAAGGGAUCUAGUAGACCUGUAGAGCGUAUGGAGAUAGGUGGCGGUUCAGCAACCGCUAGUCCUUGCUCUUCUUAUCAGCCAAGUCCGUGUGCCUCUUAUAAUCCUAGUCCAGUCUCUUCCAACUUCAUGAGUCCAGCAUCAUCCUCAUUUGCUAAUCUUACCUCUGGAGACGGCCAAUCACUCAUCCCAUGGCUGAAACACCUCUCAACAACAUCAUCCUCAUCAGCUUCUUCGUCAUCAAGACUCCCUAAUUACCUCUACAUCCCUGGGGGAUCCAUAAGCGCUCCUGUUACCCCUCCUUUAAGCUCUCCUACUGCUCGUACCCCAAGAAUGAACCCCGACUGGCAACAACUCAACAACUCCUUCUUUGUCUCUUCAACACCGCCAAGUCCCACCCGACAAAUCAUCCCGGACUCUGAAUGGUUCUCAGGGAUUCAACUAGCACAAAGCGUUCCAGCUUCGCCAACGUUUAGCCUCGUCUCACAAAACCCGUUUGGAUUCAAAGAAGAAGCAGCCUCUGCUGCUGGAGGCGGAGGCGGGUCAAGGAUGUGGACACCAGGUCAAAGCGGGACUUGCUCCCCUGCUAUUCCUCCUGGUGCUGACCACACAGCUGAUGUUCCAAUGUCUGAAGCCGUGGCUCCUCCAGAGUUUGCGUUCGGGAGUAACACAGACGGGUUAGUGAAAGCAUGGGAAGGAGAGAGGAUACACGAGGAGAGUGGUUCGGAUGAUCUCGAACUCACUCUUGGAAACUCAAGCACCAGGUAACUCCAACCCACCUGUACAUUUUCAAAACCGGUGGAACCAAAACCGUUCUUGAUGAUAUGUUGCUCCAGUUUUAUUUCAAUUGUACUCCUUCCCAUGCAUGUAAUGCUCAAAGUUGAAACACAGCUUAUAUAAUAUUCGUUUAUCUGUC